AUGCCGUCUUCACCAGCAGCAUACUACAACGCAGUCGGACUGCCACUCGAGUACUGCUCCAAGCAGUAUCGGGACGAGAUCAAGUGGGGAUCAUCACCACCUAGCAAUCCAGCAGGGCCAUCGUCCAGUGCAAGUUCAAACAGCAACGGCACGUCCUCCCCACCAACGCCGCUAUGGACGCCCCCGGACCCGGAGGCACCACCGAUGUCUCAAUACCGACACCACGUCAACGCCAAAUUCUCACAAUCACUCCGCAACUCGCACGACCUGCACAGCUGGACGGUGCAAAACCCGCACCAGUUCUGGAUCGACCUGUACACGUACUGCGGGAUCGUGCCACCCCUGCCCAAGCACACCAAACUGGCCUACGACCCGAGCCUACGGCUGCGCGACAUCCCGACUUUUUUUCCAGGAUUGAAGCUCAAUUACGCCGAGAACGUGCUGGUGCCCAACACGCGCAACAAUCCCGAUGCCGUUGCGCUGGUGGGCUUGCGUGAGAACCGUCUCGAUGAUCCCGAGGAGGUCACCUGGGCGGAAUUGACGGAGCUGGUACGUCUAGCAAGAUCGGCCAUGGCGAGGAGAGGUAUCAAACAGGGCGACGUGAUUGCGGGACUGAUGGCCAACUCGGUGUGGAUCGUCGUGCUGUUCCUGGCCAGUGCGUCCAUGGGCGCCAUCUUCACCUCCGUGAGCCCCGACCUGGGCGUGUCGGGCUGUGUGAGUCGCUUCGCGCAGGUCGAGCCAAAAUGGCUUUUUGCGGACGUCGACGUCGCCGUGCGCGGUACGCGGCCGUCCAUGCUGGGGAAAGUCAUGCAGAUCCUGAAAGCACUCCCGGCCGCAAAAGCGAAGCCGCGGCUGGUGUUUGUGCCCACCACCCACCGCCCGCACCGGCAGCGACAUAUGGACUACAUCACUCCCGUGGCGGGGGCCGUCUCACUACACGAGUUCCUGACUGCCGCCCGGGCGGGGGACAAAUUGAGCUACAAGCGCGUACCGACAGACCAUCCGCUAGUGAUCGUGUACAGCUCCGGCACGACCGGUGAACCGAAAUGCAUCGUGUCGCCACACGUCUCGAUCCUCAACUACAAGAAGAUCUCCCUGCUCCACAACGGGUUGGGUCCCCGGUCGACGGUAUUCCAGUACUCAUCCACGAGCUGGAUUCUGUGGAACGUCAUGAACGGCCACCUCUCCGUGGGCAGCAAGGUCAUCUGCUACGACGGGGGCGCGCUGCACCCGGACCCGUCGACCAUGCUGCGCAUCGUGGCCCAAUAUCGCGCCACGUACUGGGGCACAUCGCCCCGGUACCUCCUCGAACUGGAACAAUCCUCCAUCAACCCGCAAUCGUUCGACCUGUCUUCCCUGCAACUGAUAACCACCACCGGCGCCACUCUCACGGGCGAGCAAUUCCACUGGUUCUACCGCGCGUUCCCGCCGCGGAUCCACCUGUCCUCAGUCGCCGGCGGGACAGACAUCGCCUCGUCCUGGAUCGCCACCAACCCCGCGGGCCCCGUGUACGCGAACGAGAUGCAGAUGUGGGCGCUGGGCCACGACUGCGACAUUCUCGACAGCAACACGGGGAAGUCGUGCGCCGAGGAGGGCCGUCCGGGGGAACUCGUGUGCCGGAAACCGUUUCCCAGCAUGCCGUGCCGGUUCUGGGGCGACACCAAGGACCAUAAGAAGUACCGGGAGGCGUAUUUUGAAAAGUUCCCGGUGGCCACAAAAGAUAGCGCCGCAACUGCCGGAGGGGGAGAGGAUGAGUAUUUGGACGUCUGGGCCCAACACGACUUCAUCGUCAUGAACCCCGUCACCCGCGGCCUCCAAAUCCUGGGGAGGAGUGACGGCGUGCUGAACCCGAGCGGCAUCCGCUUCGGUUCCUCCGAGAUCUACAACAUCGUCGAAGGCCCCCAAUUCAACACCCUGAUCAGCGACACGCUGUGCGUCUCCCGCCGCCGCGCCACCGACCAGGACGAAACCGUCUUCCUCUUCGUCGUCAUGUCCCCCGGCCACGAACACCACUUCACCCCACAACUCGUGGCGCAGUUGAAGGCCGCCGUGCGCGAGGGCUUGAGUCCCCGACACGUGCCCAAGUUCGUCGAGAGGGUGCGGGACAUCCCUUACACGGUGAACGGGAAAAAAGUCGAGGUGGCGGUCAAGAGGGUGAUUAGUGGGCAGAAGGUGCAGGUGAGUUCGACGGUAAGGAAUCCAGAGUGUUUGCGCGAGUAUGAGCGGUUCGUGGAUCUGGAGAGGGAGCCGCCCUCAAGGAAGGCCAAGUUGUGA